AUGUGUGAAGACAAUCAAACGACAAUCACAAAUGUUUUUCUGCUAGGAUUUCCUAACUUUCAGAAAUUCAAGUUUGCACUAUUUGUUCUUUUUCUGGUAAUCUUCCUUGUGAUACUGAUUGGAAAUAUCUUUGUAAUUUCAGUUAUGUCAAUAAGCCACUGUCUAAGGCAUCCCAUGUAUUUAUUUAUUAAAAACCUAGCCUUAGCUGACAUCUUGUUUACAUCAAAUUUAUUGCCUCAAUUGCUGUAUGUCAUUUUGUUUGAAGGAGGACACAUUUCUGUAGCUGUAUGUAUUUUGCAAUAUUAUUUCCACAGUUUUUUAGUAUUUGCUCAAUGUUUCAUACUAACGGUAAUGUCCUAUGACCGCUAUCUGGCCAUUAGAAAACCAUUGCAAUAUUCCUCUGUUAUGAAUGCCAAUCAUUCUCUCCUUUUGGUGUACUUGUCUUGGGUAUUGGCUUUUAUUUUUAUUACUAGUGAAAUUAUUUUAGUCUACCAAUUGCAUUUCUGUAGCACAAAUUUAAUCGACCAUUUCUUUUGUGAUAUUGGUCCUCUACUUCAGCUUUCGUCCUCAGACACAUCUAUACUCGCUUUAUAUGAUCUAAUGAUAUCUGUUAUUGGGGUAUUUUUUCCAUUUACAUUAGUCAUCACAUCAUACGCCUGUAUUGUCAACAUCAUAAUCAAGAUAUCCUCCAAAACUGGAAGACAGAAAGCUUUCUCUACUUGUAGUUCUCACCUUAUCAUCGUGUGCAUAUAUUAUGGAACUGUAAUUGCAAUAUAUGUACUGCCAUCUUUAGGAAAUUCAGCUACUGAAAACAAAUUUAAGUCCUUGAUAUAUACUAACUUGACCCCAUUUAUUAACCCUUUUGUAUAUAGUUUAAGGAACAAAGAAAUCUUGAGAAUAUUGAAGAAUCUAUUUAGACGCAUCUGGAUAAACAAUGAAUAG